AUGUCUUCUAACCAACUAGUCAACGGUAAUGCAGGUUACUCAAAUGAUCCCGCAGAAAUUAAAGUACCGGUACCUUGGGGCCAUAUUAGUGGAAAAUGGUGGGGACUACGAAACGUCCAACCGGUGAUAGGUAUACACGGUUGGCAAGACAACAGCGGCACCUUCGACAAUUUGGCUCCAUUCCUCACGCAAAGAGGAAUUUCGUUUUUCUGCAUCGACCUUCCGGGUCACGGAUUCUCUUCUCCCAUACCCCAGGGAUUGGAGUACUACCUGUGGUGGGACGGCGUCCAUUUCCUGAGGAGGAUAGUCAAGCAUUUCGACUGGCACAACGUCACGAUAAUCGGUCAUUCGCUCGGAGGCGGUAUAGCCUUUUUGUACGCCUCCAUAUACCCGAACGAGGUUACCAAGUACGUCAGUAUCGAUAUAGCGAGUCCGAGCGUUAGGAACAUCAAAAAAAUGAUCGAUGCCGCCGGGCCCAGUAUCGACAAACUCUUCGAAUACGAAAAAAAGAGUUUGGACCUCAUGCCUUGCUACGAAUACGAUGAAAUGGUCGAUAUCAUGGUGCAGGCCCAUGCGGGCUCGGUAGACAGACAGGGCUGUGAAGUGUUACUGCGCAGAGGCAUGAAACCGGCUACACACAAAGAGGGUUGUUAUGUAUUUACCCGAGAUCCUAGAUUAAAAAUAGCUGCAUUAGGAUUCUUCACGUUGGACCAAGUGCUUCAGUUCGCCUGUAGGAUAAAGUGCGAGGUUCUUAAUAUUAAAGCCGAUGCUACUCUAAGAUUGGAUCAUCCCGAGAAUUACGAUCUCGUUUUGGACGAGAUUGAAAAAACGGCGAAGAGGUUAGAAAGGUGUAACGUCGAGGGUUCGCAUCACGUUCACUUGACCAAUGCCGCAUUAGUAGCACCUAUUAUAGCAAAUUUUUUGUUAGAUUGA